AUGUGGCCCUUACGUUUCGCUAUUUCGAUGCAUUUGAAUGGUCGCGAUAUUUCUUCCUGUAAGCCAACUAUCCAUAUGAUUGAUUCUCGGCCUUUCAGAUUGAAGAGGCCGCUGACUUUGUCCGAGAAAAUUCUGUAUGGCCAUUUGGAUCAACCAGCUACAGAACACAUUGAACGUGGAGUCUCUUAUUUGCGGUUACGGCCGGAUCGAGUGGCUAUGCAAGAUGCUACGGCACAGAUGGCGAUGCUCCAAUUCAUUUCGUCAGGAUUACCGAAAGCUGCAGUACCAUCCACAAUUCAUUGUGACCACUUGAUCCAAGCGCAGAAAGGAGGAGAUGCUGAUCUUACCAGAGCGAAGGAGCUUAACAAAGAGGUAUACAACUUCCUCGAGUCGGCAGGAAACAAGUACGGUGUCGGUUUUUGGAAACCAGGAUCUGGAAUCAUCCAUCAGAUCAUCCUAGAAAAUUAUGCUUUCCCUGGACUCCUCCUCAUUGGAACCGACUCUCACACUCCCAACGGAGGUGGUCUUGGUGGAUUGUGCAUUGGAGUCGGAGGAGCUGAUGCGGUAGAUGUCAUGGCCAAUAUUCCUUGGGAAUUGAAGUGUCCUAAAGUGAUCGGAAUCCGGCUGACUGGCAAGCUCUCCGGAUGGACUUCGGCUAAAGACGUCAUUCUCAAGGUAGCCGACAUUCUGACUGUAAAGGGAGGUACCGGAGCCAUUGUUGAAUACUUUGGACCUGGUGUUGACUCAAUUUCGGCCACCGGAAUGGGGACAAUUUGCAACAUGGGAGCAGAGAUCGGAGCAACUACGUCAGUUUUCCCAUUCAACGAUAGCAUGAAGAAAUAUCUUGCGGCUACUGGUCGAGAAGCCAUCGCGAAAGAAGCUGAGAAGUACAAGGAUCUUCUCACUGCGGAUCCUGGAGCCCACUACGAUCAGGUCAUCGACCUGAAUCUGGAUACUCUUAUUCCGCACGUCAAUGGUCCUUUCACUCCCGAUCUGGCUUCACCUAUCGAUAAACUAGGUGAAAAUGCAAAGAAAAAUGGAUGGCCUUUGGACAUUAAAGUCGCUCUGAUCGGUUCAUGUACCAACUCUUCAUAUGAAGAUAUGACACGAGCUGCAUCUAUUGCUAAACAGGCACUCGACAAAGGGUUGCAGGCGAAAACUUUGUUCACAAUCACUCCUGGAUCGGAACAAGUUCGAGCUACUAUUGAAAGGGAUGGGCUUUCAAAGAUUUUCAGUGACUUCGGAGGGAUGGUUUUGGCUAACGCUUGCGGACCUUGCAUCGGUCAAUGGGAUCGUCAGGACGUGAAGAAAGGAGAAAAGAACACCAUUGUGACCUCUUACAACCGAAACUUUACUGGAAGGAACGAUGCGAAUCCUGCUACCCAUGGCUUCGUAACAUCUCCUGACAUUGUGACCGCACUCGCUAUAACUGGAAGACUCGACUUCAAUCCUUUAAAAGACCCAGUUACCGCACCGGACGGCUCUAAAUUCAUGCUGAAACCUCCGACGGGAGACGAUCUUCCCCAGAAAGGUUACGAUCCCGGCCAGGACACUUUCCACCCACCUUCAAACUCUGGAGAGGUUGUGGUCGAUCCUAAGUCAGACCGUUUACAACUUCUUCAGCCGUUUGACAAAUGGGAUGGAAAAGAUUUGGAAGACAUGCUUAUUCUGAUCAAAGUUAAGGGGAAGUGCACCACUGACCAUAUUUCUGCCGCUGGGCCAUGGUUGAAAUACCGAGGUCAUCUUGACAAUAUUUCUAACAACUUAUUCUUAACUGCUGUAAACGCGGAAAAUGGUGAAAUGAACAAGGUUCGUAACCAUCUAACGGAUGCAUUUGGCACGGUCCCAGAUACUGCGCGCUAUUACAAAGCUCAUGGAGCGAAUUGGGUAGCGAUUGGGGACGAGAAUUAUGGUGAGGGAUCAAGUCGUGAACAUGCUGCUCUUGAGCCACGACAUCUAGGAGGAAGAGCCAUCAUCACCAAGUCGUUUGCCAGAAUUCACGGUAUGGUUUCUAUUGGAAUAAUGCCGAUGGUGGUCGCAUCCGAAAAAAAUAUUUUAGAGACGAAUUUGAAGAAACAAGGAAUGCUCCCGUUGACCUUCGCAAACCCGGCUGACUAUGAUAAGAUUGAUUCUGGCGACAAAGUUUCGAUAGUUGGUUUGCGAGAGUUUGCUCCAGGCAAGCCACUGAAAGCCAUUAUCAAGAAAUCGGACGGUUCCAAGAUCGAGAUUUCUCUUAACCACACCUUCAACGAACAGCAAAUAGAGUGGUUCAAAGCAGGAUCUGCUUUGAACAGAAUGAAGGAGAUGUUUGCCUCUAAGUAA